AUGAACACGUCCAAUAAACGCGAGGACAUCCUCGAGCGCGCCCGAGCGAUCGCGAUCGCGUCGACGACGAACACGGAGCGCUCGCAGAGCGGGACGGAUGCGAACGCCUCGAGCGAAUUUCGCGCCCUCGGACGCCGACGCGCGCGUGAUUGGCUCCCGCUCGAGGAACGAAGCGAAAGGAGAGACGCGCCGUAUCGCCCGCGAGGCGAUAGAGCGCCGACGGGGACGACGGAGAGGACGGGAGCGGUGCAGAGGGUGAAUGACGCGCGCGGGACGGCGACGCGCGGGACGGCGACGCGCGGGACGGCGGAGGACGCGGAGCGACAGGCAAAAGCGAACUCGGUGAUGCUAGGGAUGUUACCGGACGGCGAGCGGCCGAUGGUGGAGCAGGCGUUCUCGAUACGAGCGCCGAGUAAGGUGCCGCGGGCGGCGCGGCAGCGGUUUCUGGACGCGCUCGCUGCGAAAAAGUUGAGAGACGCCGCGGGUGUCGGGCCACGGGCUGCGGUGAGCGAGGAGUGGUUGCGAACGCAUCCGAAAGAGCGCGCGCGCGCGAUUGGGGAGGCGGUGACGGAGGAGGGGAAAAUUCACGCCAAGGCGACGAGCAAGGUGACGUAUAAAAAUAUGGCGGCGCAGCUCAUGCUUCGCGGAGGUGAGUCGGUGAAACCGGCUCCGGGAGCUCUGAAGCAGGAGUACAAGUGCGACGCAGCGGAUGGGGUGGAUCUCUCCGUCGCGCGAACGGUGAGAGGGGAUGCGUUCACGUUUUUCAUCGACGCGUGUAGACACAGAAGCGGUAACGCCCACCCGCGAUGGUUCGAUGAGUCCGUGGAGGAUGUUGACGACGCCAAGACCAUUGAGUCGGAUGACAUCGAGCAACCGUCGCCAGAAGUCAUGGUGUCGCCAGAAGUCAUGGUGUCGCCAGAAGUCAUGGUGUCGCCAGAAGUCAUGGUGUCGCCAGAAGUCGCAGUGUGCGCGCUGUGUCGCACGUACAUCAAGUCACUAGUGGAAUCUGGCGCUUACGAUGACUCGCUGUCCGAAAUAGUCAAAGAAAAGGUCGUGAAGAAAGUGAUGGCUCGACGUCGAGACGCGACGGAUGCUUCAUUCGUAGACAAAGAGAGCGCGAGCAUACAGAAGCUCAUCGCGAGUCAGUUCGAGGCGGAGACUAAGCGCGCGGCACGUAGAUAG